GCCCGGGCACAGCGUUUCCACGCACUGCGUUCCAGACUCGGGCGGAGCCGCGGCAACAGGAAGCGGCAAUCGGGGAGUCCCGGCGCGCGGGCGCGCGGGGCGGGCGGGGCCGCGUUCUUCUAACCGGACUCUAACCGCCGAGCGGCCCGGAGAGGUGCGAGGGUACGAGAUGAGCUAGGGCGGGCCGGAUCGGGUUUUAAUGUCUUUAUUUGAUGGAAAAGAGGAAACUUUGAAGCUUCUCAACUUAAAACUUAGAAAAAAAAAUAUUGUUGUUGAAGAUGAUCUUAAUUCCAAGGACCUCACAGACUUAAAAAGCUACUGACAUAAUGACUGACAUAAUGAAUUUGUCUUCUCCAGUCAGCCAUGUUGAUCAUGAAGCUAAACGCUUAUGUAGUGCCAAGAGUGGGUCACAGUCACUACAGAAUAGCAGUGCAUCAGAAUUGGACAUUGCUGAAGAUCUGAAAAGGAAACUCUGUCAAGCCAAAGAAGAAAAAAUAGACAUAAUCAUUAAACACAAUCAAGAACUGCGUGACUAUGAAAUCCAGAUUGUCAAAUUACGAUCUGAAUUUGAGAAAGGAGAGGCAAUUCGACAAAGGCUGGAAUAUGAAUUGGCAGUUGCCAAAAAAGAUGCCCGUUUGAGAAUACAUACCGUAGAAGAAGAGUUAAGUGAUGCAAGAAGCAAGCUUGCAGAGCUGCAAGUGUUCAACGAAAAGCUUCAGCAGAGACUGGUAGAAACUGAGAAAACAUUUCAUAUUGCUCAACAGAAGUGGAAAGAACAACAACAAAGACUUGCAAGUGAAAAGGAUGAUAUUCUCAGAACACACAAGGAUGAAUAUGAAUUGCUUCUUAAGGAAAGAAGUGAGCUAGAAAGCGUUUUGCAGAAGCAGAAUAGCGCUCUGCAAAACUUAAGUAAGAAGGUGAAAGAUAUGGAGCUGGAACAUCGUGACUGUUCAGAAAUGCUCACUCGUCAUGUACACAAGCUUGAACACAGUGCUGAACAAGAGGAGCAGCUUAAAAAAGAACUCGAAGCAGCAACAGACAGAAUAAAGCAAUUGGAAGAAAGCAUUGAAGAAGAAAGAGCAGCACAUUUGAAAUCUAAAUUCAAUUUGGAAAUCACCCAGAUGAGAAUUCGAGAACUUGAAGGAGCUUUACAAAUGGAAAAAGUCAGCCAGGCAGAAGCUCUUUCAGACUUAGAGAUGAUCAGGAAGGAAUUCAAAGAGGUAGAAAAUGCGUAUGAGAGAGAAAAACAGAAAGCCCAAGAGAACUUGGAAAAAGUCAAUAGAUUAGAAAGGGAGUAUAUCUCCACAAACAAGCAAAUGAAUGAGAAGAUAGAGGAAAAGAAGGAGGUAAUUAAAGAUCUGUUGGAGAGACUACGGGAGAAUGAAAAAAUUCACAGAGAACUACAAGAUAAACUUGCAAUGGCCAAGAAACACCAGGUCUUUGUAACAGAGACAUACGAAAACAACAUGAUGGAGCUGAAGUUACUCUUGGACAGCUUUGCUAUGUCAGGCCAGCGGACAGCAGGCUCUCAUAAGGACAAAGAUAAACCUUCAAGCCUCUCUGUCCUUGAGACUUUGAGGUGUACCUUGACAGCUUACCAGAACAAGCUGGAAGACACAUCUAAUGAGCUUAAGAAAAUGAACACUUUGUGUGAAAACACAGCAAAAGAGCUUGAGGUAUCCAAAGACAAGAUGUAUGUUUUAAGUCAAGACCUUAAGGAAGCACGGGAUAAGCUGGCCGAUGCCAAUAAAGAGUUAAAUCAUCUGCAUACUGAGUGUGCAGACAGAACAGCUUUAAUAGGAACUUUACAAAUGGAACUACAGAAUGUGCAGCAGCGCUGGGAGGAGGAGAAAGUACGUGCCACAGAAUCUGAAAAUGAAAUCCAGAAGCUUACCAGGGCUUACCAGAAGGAUAUGGAGGAGAAGCUAACCUUCCUUCAUGGCUUGUACCAGCGUUUGGUAGCUGGCUGUGUGCUUAUAAAACAACCAGAAGGCAUCCUAGAUAGAUUCUCUUGGUCGGAGCUUUGUGCAGUCUUGCAGGAGAAUGUUGAUGCCCUGAUCUUAGACCUCAACAGGGCUAAUGAGAAGAUAUCUCACCUAGAAUAUAUUUGUAAGAACAAGUCUGAUACUAUGAAGGAGCUUCAGCGGAGCCAGGAAGAUGAUAUUAGCAAAAUGGCUGAACAGAUGAAAGCACAGGAAAGCUGUUGGCAGAAACAAAAAAAGUGCCUGGAACAGCAGUACUCAGAUCUCCUUGGGGAAGUUCAUGCAAGGGCACAGGAAUACCAAGAAACAGCAGAGAACAACAAAGAAAAAAUCUGCGUCCUUGAAAAAAGACGGGAGCAAUUGGCCCUUGAAAAUCUCUAUGUGAAAAAUACAUUAACACAGAUUCGGAAGGAGCAUUCAUCUCUCCUGGCAGCAUGUGCGCUAUUGGCAGGUGCCCUGUAUCCUCUCUAUGGCCGAUCAUGUGCCAUGGCUAUACAAAGAGACCUUCUUCAGGAGCAGGUCAACGUUUAUGAAUUAGUCAACCAGGAAAUUAGGACUCUUGUUCAUGUUCUCUCUGGUGUAGAUGGGGAGAAGGAAGAUGAUGCGAAAAUUAAGAAACAAAAAUUCAGAGGCCUGAUACGUGUGUUCCGAAGAGGUGUGAUUGCAGUUUUGGCAGCUAACAGACUUAAAGUUCUAUCCCAGUCUUCUAGUUGCCUCUUCUCGUUGAUAAAUGGCUUUAAAGAAGGCACUGGAAUUCUAGUGUGUGUAGGGGACUCCAAAGGCAAGCAUAAUAUGUCAAGACUCAACAAGGAAGGAAUUGGUUGUGUUGAAGCACUCAACUGGUUUACUAGUUCUGAUCUCCUUACUGCAAUAAUCAGUUCUGUCACAGAAUUACAGGAUAUUAUUAGCAGAACAGACCCAAAGUCUUGUCUUUCUGGACGCUUGCUUGUAAGUGCAGCCAGGAACUCCUUUUCAAAACUUACGGACAAGCUUAAUACAAUAAUGGAGACUGUUCCAUUAGAUAGCAGCAGGAGCGUUACUUACGUGGAGAAAAACUCGUUGGUACGGAGGCUGGCUCGUGGACUUCAUAAAAUAAAUGCACAAGCUCUGGAAGCUGGAUCAUGUGACAGAUGGCCCAUUAUGAAGAGCAUAGCAUCCUUGCAGAAGCAAAUAUUUGAAUUGACGCAAAGACUUCAUACAGUAGAGGUGGAGCGCCGCUCACUACGCAUAGAACUUGCAGAAUUCAAGUUGAAUUUCAGUCAGAUGAAACAGGAGGCUGACAAAACCCAGAGCCUGAAAGAGCAAUUAAGUUUGUUUAAGCAAUCUAAAUUGAUCGCUCACAAGAGGUUUGAAAGUGCAUGUGAAGAAUUAAAUAAUGCAUUACAUUGGGAGCAUCAAGCACAAGUGCUGUUGAAUGAACAGGCACAACAGCUACAGGAGUUAAAUAAUAAACUAGAAUUGCACUCCAGUGAAGAAGCAGAUAAAAACCAAGUCUUAAGUGAAACUAUAAAGAGACUCUCCGAGGCAAAGAUGGAGCUGAGAAGAAAAGAUCAAUCUCUGCGUCAGCUCAAUAGACUUCUUACGCAGCUGGAGCAGGACAAGCGUCGACUGAAAGAGAGCAUCCAUGAUGCAGAGAGUGCCCUCUGCAUGGCAGCAAAGGACAGAGAAUUGUUCAUUAAUCAAAUGAGAUCUGUGGAAACCACUCUUCUUACGGUCAGAGAUCAGACCUUGCUGUCAUGGACUGCGGCAACCAGGAAUGACUUCACCCUGCAGCUACCCAAACUGCACCUAGAGACCUUUGCAGUAGAAGGGCUGAAGGGCAGGCCAGAGGUUGUAGCAUUUCAGGCCAUGAUUAAAAGUUUUAUGGAUGUCUACCAACUUGCAAGUUCCAGAAUUGACAUAUUAGUGAAAGAAACAGCACCUCAUCAGCUUCACACUGCAGCCCCAAUGUCCAAGCACCAAACAUUGCCUUCAUGAAUGUGGGAC